CUUCAUGGACGACGAUGUCUUUGCUGCGAUGGGUAUCGCUGGCUUCGGGAAAAAGACUCAGAAGAGGCAGCUCGAUGCUAGCAGGUUCAAUAAGCAUCAACGACAAGAGGCACCUGCGCCUGCGAUUGCAGUAAAGGCAAAGGAGAAUGAGGCUGCUCCUUCGCAAGUCUCUCCUCAAGCAUCGACAGGAAAAGUUUCGCGAUCGCCGUCUGAGGACCAAGACGAAUCUGGUCCACAUCCUCCCAAUAACGAGCAAGAGGACGAGGAACCCGAAUUCGAUCCUGAUGGCGCAGACCUUGCCAAUGGCGAACCUCCUCAAUUUCCGACCACGCACGAGAUGAUUUUGAAGGACCACACCAAGGUGGUGUCGGCGUUGGCGCUCGACCCAUCCGGUGCGCGCGUGCUUUCGGGCUCGCAUGAUUAUGACUGUAAGUUAUGGGAUUUUGGAGGCAUGGACAUGCGCUGUAAACCCUUCAAGACUUGGGAACCGAAUGGCAGCUACUAUAUCCAUGACUUGAAAUACUCCCUCGAUGGCCAGCACUUCCUUGUCAUAUCGGGAACUACCCAAGCGAAGCUCUACGAACGCGACGGCGAGGAAAAGGCAACUUACAUCAAAGGCGACCCCUAUAUCCGUGAUAUGAAGAACACUGCGGGUCACGUCGGCGAGUUGACCUCUUGUGCCUGGCAUCCGAAAGACUCACAGCUGUUCAUUACGAGUUCCGCGGACUCGACAAUACGAAUAUGGGACGUCGAGAACAGGCGCAAGCAGAAGACUGUUAUUGUUGUGAAGUCGAAAGAACGAGGUGCACGUACAAAGGUCACUGCGUGCACUUAUUCACCUGACGGCAAGUACAUAGGAGGGGCAUGCCUGGACGGCGCGUUACAUAUGUGGAAAACCAACUCCAAUUUUGUUCGGCCGGACAUGACCAUCCAAAAUGCGCAUACAAAGGGAACAGAAACGGGUUCGAUGAUAUUCUCAGUAGAUGGGCACACGUUGCUUACUCGGGGAGGUGACGACACGGUGAAGCUCUGGGACCUUCGUUCUUUCAAACAGCCCGUUGCUACACGCUCAGGCAUCCUCACUUUGUAUCCAACGACCAACGCAGUGUUCAGCCCAGACAACAAGUUCAUCGUGACAGGGGCUGGAGCGUCGUCUAAAGGUGGCAAAGGCAGAUUACUCUUCCUGAACAGAGAAGACUUGGAGGUGGCACAAGAAGUGGAGGUAGAUGCGACACCCGUCGUGGUGCAGUGGCACCCCAAGAUCAAUCAAAUCGUUGCCGGCCUCACCAACGGACAAAUCCAUGUCUUGUAUUCGGCCCAAUCGUCUUUGAAUGGAGCGAAAUUACUUCUGAACAAAGGGCCUGCAAAGAAACUUACGAUCGAGGAUGUGUCGGAUGCUUUGGCCGCACCAACGAUCAUCACACCCCAUGCCCUUCCCAUGUUCCGUGAUGGUGAGGAUGGCAGAACGGGCAAACGGAAGAGGGAGAAAGAUAGACAAGAUCCUCGGAAGAGCCGAAGACCUGAUAUGCCUGUCACUGGCCCAGGUCGCGGAGGACGGGUGGGUGCCAGUGCUACGCAGCACGUCGUACAGAACUUGGUUCGGGACACGACUCGGGACGAAGAUCCUCGCGAGGCGCUUCUCAAGUAUGCAGAGCGGGCCGAGCAGGAUCCGCAAUGGACUUCAGCCUGGCGUGCCAACCAACCCAAGCCGGUGUUUGCGAACGUCGAGGAGGAGGGCGAGGAAGAGGGCGGGUCGACGGGGGACGAAGGCGGCGGACAAGUAAGGGUGGCCCCUGCGCGGGAGAUCGAACCUUAUUUUUCAGCAGCUAUAAAGGCACUAGCCAGCUUCGGGUCCCCUGUCUCCCAAAAUCUUCCCUUGCCUCCCCUCACCUCUCUCUGUCACCUCGUGACUGUCACGCGUCCCCUCAACAUGCAAGACGCGACCGCGACUGUUGCCCAUGACCUCUCUGCCGCUGACUCCCCCGCCGUCGAGUCCCCGGACACUCCCGUCAACACACACGACUCGGCAAAAAUAAUCAUUGAGACAGAACUCGACUCCCCAGACCGUUUCCCCGACGAGCCCGUCCUCCACUAUGUCAAGCACGACGACCUGUCCUCUCGUCCGCCCCUCAGUAUCCCAAUAGACACAGCCCCUAUCAAGCCAACGCUGUCACCACCGCCAGCCGGAGAUGUGUUGGAGGAUGUCCCCAUGGCAGAGGAGGUAGCUUCAGAACUCACGCCACACGUCAACGGCGACGUCGACAUGACCGACGACGUUCAGCAUCCGCCAGUCAAUGGCCAUGCACCAGAAUCAACCGACCUUCCCAUGACUCAGUCGCCGACCCCGACCCCCACCUCUCUUCCCGAUGCUUCGUCCAGUACCGUCAUCGAUGCCGUCCCCGAUCGCCACGAGCAGGAGCCGCCAGCGAAGAGGGCCAGGAAGUUUUCUGAUGCCAAUCAGGCAUCCGCUCAUACUGCUGCCGCUCCUUCCUCAGCUUCGACAUCUCCUAUGGUCAUCGAUUCUAAACCUCGCGCCUCCACGCUUUCAAACGCGCAGUUCAAGUAUUGCCUCUCCAUCAUCCGCACGCUCAAAAAGCAGAAGGACGCCGCGGCAUUCAGGUUGCCUGUUGAUCCCGACGCGUUGAAGAUCCCCCACUAUCCGCAAAUCAUCAAGCAGCCCAUGGAUCUCUCAACCAUGGAGCACAAGCUUGCGUCGUCGAAUCCCGUCAAACCAGACCCUAACAUCGCGAACCAUCGCUACCACAACGCGGAUGAGUUUGAGACCGACUUCCGCCUCAUCAUCAGGAACUGCGAGACUUUCAAUGGGAUUGAUCAUAUCAUAUCCCUUCAGGGUAAACGGCUGGAAGAGGUGUUUGACAAGAUGAUGAGGGCAAUGCCUACGCCAGAGCCUCCAAAGCCCCCAGUAGUCAAGAAGCUACCUACCCCUCCUCCUCCGCCGCCACCAGCCCCCAUUCCCAAGAAAGCUCCCCGCCGCCCAUCAACAUCGGUGCCUGUCAUCCGCCGGAAUGAUAAUGAAGGCCUUGGGCGACCGAAGCGAGAGAUACACCCGCCGCCGCCAAAGGACUUGCCAUAUGCUGAUGUUCCGAAGAAGCAGCGCCGAGUCCGGGGCUCGAAGAAGAACUCCAACGAGCAGUUCAGGUUUUGUGGUAAACUCUUGGAUCAACUCUACCGGAAGCAGAAUCAGGCCAUUGUUGCGCCGUUUGCUCAGCCUGUCGAUCCCGUUGCCCUCCACAUCCCCGACUACUUCAAUAUCAUCAAGAAGCCCAUGGACUUGUCGACGAUGCGACGGAAGCUCGACAAUAAUGAGUAUCUCACGGCCGAGAAGUUUCGCGACGAUUUCAAACUCAUGAUCAACAACUGCUUCAAGUACAACGGUAUGCAGUCGCCCGUGUCAGAGGCUGGGAUGACCCUCCAAAGGUUGUUUGAUGAAAAAUGGAGGAGCUUGCCCCCGCUUCGGGCCGAUGGUUCGGACGAGGAAGAUGAUGAAGAGGAGGAGGAGGAAGACGACACCAACAGGGCAAUCGCUACCAUGGAGUCACAGAUCGAGACCAUGCGUGCGACCGUUGCAGCUUUAAAGAGCAACAAGUCUGUCACCGUGAAGAAAGAGAAGAAAGAGAAGAAGCGGGAAAAGCACCCUGCGGGUCCUGUCGCGUCUAGUUCAAAAGUCGUCAAGAAGGAGCCAAAAUCGCAGCCUGCUAAGAAGAAGGGGAAGAAGCCGACACCUGUCGCAGAUGACGAUGUGUUGACCUUCGAGCAGAAGAAGGAUCUCAGUGAGGCUAUCUCACACCUAGAUGGUUCGAAGUUGGAAAGGGUCAUUGCGAUUAUUCACGAGGGUGUUCCUGAGAUCCGAGACAGUCAGGAAGAGAUCGAGCUUGAAAUUGACCUUCUUCCACCAAAUGUCCUCACGAAACUCUAUAACUUCGUGUUGCGACCACUCCGUCAGCCACCCGUGAAGCGCAAUCGUGCAGGCAAGGGCACAGGCACCGGCGGUCUCAAGCGCAAGAGUAUGGAUGAGGAUGUUGAGGCGGAGAAGAUUCGACAGCUUGAGGAGAGGAUGCGAUUAUUCGAACAGCAGGCGAAUGGUCAGUCUGCUCCCGCUGCAGCUGUAGCGAACGAUAGCGAGCAUUCUUCGGACUCAAGUUCGGAUGACAGUUCGGGGAGCGAUUCAGAGUGAUCGUUCGGUUCGUGGCUUUGUUUUGUUUAUGGCUUUGUUUCGCAUUUUCUGCCUUGACAAUUGUCUCAUCUUGUGUUUUUAUUGUCUCAUCUCUGUCUCUCCGCAUCGUCUUUUUCUAUUCAUCGUAUACCGAGACAUAAAGAUAUCGGGAUUGUAGCUAGUUGGUAUUUUACUCGAACACGAGAGUCCUCUCGCAUUGUGAAACAUAGAGUAAUUACGUAGGGAACCCCCCCAUCAGAGCAAAGCAACUUCAAAAGCGAGCAGUAUCCGUUCCAUUGGUACAUGUGCAUGGCGGCAUCACUUGCGUCGCCCUCCUUUCUGGAACGCCUGCCACCCGGAACGGCCCUUCUCACGCUCAGCGUCUUUGCGGCCUUUCUUGGAUGCGGAGGCCUGAGGUGUGGGGGCGGGCGCAGGUACAAUGAUUGAAGAUGGUGACACUUCCCGAGGUGUAGAUUGCGGCGAAGGCGCAGCUAUCGCGCGCGGAGGUUGACCAACGUCCCAGCCUUGCUGAUGGGUAGGAGGGGGGACACUCAGUUCGGACGGUGUAAAGAGGGGCUGCGAGCUCGUAGGCGCCCAUCCUCCAGUAGACGGUGCUGGUAAGGGAACGGCUAGCGGUUGAGGGGGGAGGGGAGAGGGAGGGGGAGGGGGGGUGGAAGUAGUGGUCUCAAGAGACGACCAACCCCCUGCUCGGAAGGACGGUGCAGGGUGAUGGCCGUGUGGCUGUUGUGCGGAAACAGAUGUUUGGGGCGGAAUCGAAGGUGGGGAAGGCAAGGGCUGUGAAGGUGCAUACGUGGCUGUAGCCGCCCAUCCACUUGUUGAUGACGACGGGGCUGGGGGCCUUGCACUGGAUUCUGCCCAAUUGGCAUCAUGAGCUGUUCGGAGACCCGUGGCUGGCCGCGCGGCUGCGACUGCGGAGGCGCCAGCAGAGACAGAGGCCCAGCCCUUCUUCGGCCCAAGAACCUGGGCGGUUGUGUCUUCCGGGUUGGCGUUGGCGUUCGACGUGGAGGCGAGAGCGGGCAUGCUCGACGUGGGCCCAGCGGGUUUUGCUAUUUUUAUGCCGGCGGCGGCGGCUAUCUUGCGCAGCUCUUUCUCCUCGCGCUUCCGUUCC